CUAGAACAAACCUUCUCUGAGCCACUUACAGGAACUUCAGGCUUACCUAGUCCAAUGACUUUAACGAAACAGGAUUACAGUGCGGGACUUCCACCACCAUCCGAGCUGGGCAUUGCUGGCAUGGACAGCAGCAGAGGGAAGGAAGAAUCUGUGCUGGAAUCCUUGGCAGGAGGAGACCCUUUUGGAUCAGUGGAGCCUGUCAAAAAGUCCUCGGGAAGGCUGAUUAUGCACAGCAUGGCCAUGCUCGGCCGGGAGUUCUGCUAUGCUGUGGAGGCUGCCUUUGUCACACCGGUGCUGCUCAGCGUGGGGCUGCCCAAGAGCCUCUACAGCCUGGUGUGGCUCAUCAGCCCUAUCCUGGGCUUUGUGCUGCAGCCUGUGGUGGGAUCAGCCAGUGACCACUGCACCUCUGGCUGGGGCAAGCGGCGCCCUUACAUCCUGGCUCUGGGCUUUCUGAUGUUGCUGGGUAUGGCUUUGUAUCUCAAUGGGGACAUGAUGGUCUCAGCUUUGAUCCCUGAGCGAGGCAAGCAGAGGACCUGGGCUAUAGUCAUAACCAUGCUGGGCGUUGUGCUCUUUGAUUUUGCCGCUGACUUUAUUGAUGGUCCCAUCAAAGCAUAUUUAUUUGAUGUUUGCUGUCAUCAGGACAAAGAGAAGGGUCUUCAUUACCAUGCUCUCUUCACAGGUCUGGGUGGUGCCCUGGGUUACCUAACAGGUGCUAUGGAUUGGGGGAAUUCUGUACUAGGAAGAUUUUUGGGAUCGGAGUUCCAGGUGAUGUUCAUCAUUGCAGCUUUGGUUUUCCUAAUCUGUCUUACUGUACACUUGUGCAGCAUUCCCGAAGCCCCUCUCAGAGAUGACAAUACAGAAACUAAGCUCUUGCUGAAAGUGGAUGGAUCCUCCAAGUAUGGUUCCAUCGAGCGCGUCAACAAUGGUUAUUUAAAACCAAAAUAUGCUGAAAAAAGGACUUUAUCUGAGUUGGGGAAAUCCACCGAAACACCACAGACACAGGUUCAGACACGGAUGACCGUUAAAUGCCUUCUGAAGGCACUUUUAAGUAUGCCUUCCCACUAUCGCUGUCUGUGCGUCAGCCACCUCAUCGGGUGGACAGCUUUUCUUUCCAACAUGCUCUUCUUCACUGACUUCAUGGGACAGAUAGUAUACCACGGAAAUCCUUAUGCGCCACAUAACUCCACAGCUUACCUUACUUAUGAAAGAGGAGUCGAGAUUGGAUGUUGGGGCAUGUGCAUCAAUGCAAUUUCUUCAUCGCUCUAUUCCUACUUGCAAAAAGCUUUUCUGCCUUAUAUCGGAUUAAAGGGACUUUAUUUCAUUGGAUACCUGCUUUUUGGGAUAGGCACUGGGUUUAUUGGACUGUUUCCCAAGGUAUAUUCUACUCUGGCUCUGUGCUCGCUCUUUGGAGUCAUGUCCAGCACGCUGUACACUGUCCCAUUCAACCUCAUUGCAGAAUAUCACAGGGAGGAAGAGAGUCAAAAGGAGCAGAAUGGAGGAGAAGCUGAGGCCCCUGGAAGAGGGAAGGGAAUUGACUGCGCGGCUCUCACUUGCAUGGUGCAGCUGGCACAGAUCGUUGUUGGAGUGGGUCUGGGGUUCUUGGUCAGUGCUGCGGGCAGUGUAAUUGUGGUUGUGAUUUGUGCAUCUGCUGUGGCAUUAACAGGCUGUUGCUUUGUUGCUUGUUUUGUUCGGUAUGUAGAAUAGAACAGUGCAUAAAUGAAGGAAGAAAUCCCCAUGGGAACAUUGUCAUUCUUGAUCUAUAUCCAUUGGGUGCAGUUUCUACACUGAUAUUUUUAUAGCAUGCUCUUGUUUCAUUGGCUGGAGUGGUUACAAUUCCAGGGCAUUAUUUCUCCACAGAGUGGAAAUACGUGGUAAAAUUGGUGGCCUCACUUCUCAGGCUGUAAUAUCUCUCCAUGACUUUCCUUCCUCUGCCUCAAUUUUGUGUUAACAUGUAAGCCACUUUCAGACAUGGCAGUGUAAUGCUCUUGAUCAUUAGUGGUAAUGCUCAUCAUUAGCCAAGCUGGAGAGGAGAAGAGAUGAAAUGUGUGGCAAAAAGAAUGUAUCCAGUAAGAGUGAAAGCUGGGGUUACUGAUCCCAAACUCCAAGGAGGUACUUUUAAGAUGGGGGUUCUUAACCUAGGGUCGUGGUCCCAAGGAGGUGUCAAGGAGUCACCCCCAGUGCUCAGUUUGUUUCAGGCUGAGCCCCGGCACGUCUGGGCUUGGCAGUUCAUAGCCCCGGCACCUCUAGGCUUGUCACAUCAGUUAUGAAAGUAAAAAAAUUGCUUGAGCUCCGCACCUAAUUGCUUGAGCCCCAGGACCUUCAUUAGAGAUUAAGCACUGGUCACAACCACUGUGUCCUUCCAGUAUUGACAAAGGGGUUCCAGCUAGAUAAGGAGCAGGCAUAGUAUGGAAAAGUGGAUCCUGGUGUGGAAAAAGUUGAGAAGUCCUGCUUUACAGUAUAUCCCACUACUGGACAGCUUUAUGUAGUAUAUUGUGCUUAUAUAAAUGUGAAAGAAAAACUGAACAAGAUUUUCAAACAUGGAUGCCUAGAGACGAGCUCCUAAGUCCAUAUUGAGGCACCUCAAUAGGGAAUCGGUGGGAAGCUGUUGGGAGUUGAGCACCUUUGAAAAUCUAGUCCCUUGUUUAAAUGUCUAAAAUUAGGCACUCAUUUUAAAAAAAUCUUGGCCAAAAAUUCUAAAAUCUGUGAGCCACCUAAAAUGUUCGAGUUAUAUAGUACUUACCUUAACCGAAUGAAUUCAGACCUGUUUGCUCUCCUCUUUUGCACAUCAGAAUCUAACUUGAUCAAAUUCUUGUUUUGCUUCUUUCACAGCAUUCAACAGAAUAUUAUUGUAACUUAAUUCAGUUCCACAAAGCAUUACCAUGAAUUGUUCUAUAUCCACACGUCAAACCAAUAUAUGAAAUCCUAUAGGCAAACCAGUCUACUUUUAUUUGAGUACAGAGCUUGCAUCUUUAUUUUCAUUAAAACACCAGAAUUUGUUACAGGGAGCUUCUGAAUCAUUCCAUCCAGAUUCAAGUCAGUUUCAAAUUAGACCAUAAAAGCUUAAGAUUAAAGAUAUCUGAAUGAGCUUUAGAGACCUGAUUCUGUAUUCCUGACUAACUGGAGUCAAGUUUGGGAUACUUAAGAAAUACUGGACCAGACCUGUUAUUAAGUUGUAUUCCUGGCUAAAAUGUAUCCAAAAGGAGCAUUGAGCUGCUUGCUUCCAAAGUGCAGCAUUUGUUUUUAAGGUGAAGUGUCUUUAUUUGUGGAGUGCAUCUCAGCCACUGAGAAGGUAGUGUAGGACCUGUCCUUGGAGCAGAAGACUGUCUAGAAUGGCAUGCGGGCAGCUGACUGAGUGGGACUUUGAUACCCUGGAAAGGGAAGACUAUACAGGGAGCUGGCCAGAGGGCUGAGACAUGAAGAGGGAGAGCUGCGAGUCCUGGAGAGCAAGGGGUGGAGGAGGCGGUGUGAACAACAGUUGGAAGAGGGGCAUCGGACCUAAGUGGAGCUAAUUCCCUGAUCUAGCUGCUAGGAGGCACCCAACAGUAAGCCCUUUGAGGUCAAUUAUCAAACAUGUUUCCUUGCCGACAUUUGGGAUUUCAGUGAAGACUCAUACUGGGGAAUUCCAGUCUCAAUCCUUGGGCAUCUUCAUGGUGUACCUUCCCACCCACCCCCAACAUUGUUCUCAUCCCUCCUGACAGCACAGCUUAUGACAACACCCCCCCAUUGCAUUGCUGCCCAUUAACCUCUCUCCCUUUUUACCUCUGCUGUGUGACUAUGGAGAGAGAACACCAGUGGAAUCAGGCUGGGUGGCUUGUCAGCUCUGCAGCAUGUUCUCUCCCCUUCCACCUGAUCUUGCUGAAGUCCAUUUACCAAUGCUGUGUUGCAUUUGUGCUCCCAUAGCCAGAGAUGAGACAGAAAUUAAAACACAUCCUCUACUUCUUUAAGACUCCAGAGUAAUAUUCCCGCUUGUUUCCUACACAAAAAGGCAUCCACCCAAAAAUACAAAUAUCCUGAUUAGAAAAAUGGAAAAAUUCCAGGUGUAUGCAUUGUGUGGAAAACCUUUUAAAUGGCACCAAAACCAAUCUUAAAUAUUACAGAUCCUAAGCAGGAAACAAAGGUUCGCUUCAGCACUUUGAAAAUGUUACAGAUAUUGAACAUGUUCACUGUUGUACCAUUCAUUUCAAGGGUUCCACCAAUUCUGCCUUUUUAAUUUUAUUUCAAUGAAUGGACCAAACUAUAAAUAGUAUCAGUUACUGCAUUUAAUAGCAGACUGAUGGGUGCUUUUAACUGAAUAACAUGGGCUAUGAGGUCAAGAAGGCAUUGAGUUUGGUACUGGUCAUCCAGUUUUACCCCAAUAUAAGUAGGCUCCAUUACAUCAAGACCUGAUGUAGAGUAUAACCAAAUAGAGAGAGAGAGAGAGAGAUUGAGUAGGCAUGUAUGAGUGUGUAGGCAGGCACCCUUUCCAGGUGUUUGUCUAACCCAGUUGUUCUCAACCCAUGACCUGUGGGCUGCUUGUGGCCCAAUCAUCACACAGCUGUGGCCCAUGUGACAUCCUCAGCGCCAUACAGGAAGAAUAUGUAUUUACACAUGGGAGAAUUCUGUGCCACUGUGCAUGUGCAGAAUUCAUGUCCGGUGGAGAAUUUUUUUUCCGCAGAAAAUACAUUCUACCUGAGAAAUGCUGCAGUUCUGCCUUUCACCCACCAGAGGCUAUUGUGGCACCAGAACAGCUAGCAGCUGGCUACCUUUGUCAAAGCACCCUGCCCAUUGAGCCAGGUUAGAACAGACAGAGUGGGGCACGUGGGGCACACGGGGCUGCUGGGGGGUCACAGACUGGGGUUCAGAAUGGCUAGCUGACGGGACAGACUAGGGUUUGGGCUCAGGAGCUAGUGGAGCGACAGCAUUGAGUCAGGGGCUGAAUGGGAGGGGUGCUGCAGGGUCACAUGGGGCAAGAGGGAGGGGGCUCCAGGGACACAUGGGGAAGAGGGGUAGAUGUGCCCAACUGAAUGGGGGAGGCUCCACAAUUCCCUAACAAUCCCCCCGCCUCAAACAAAACCCUGUUCCAUACUUCUCCCACCUACCCUCUAGAUUCACUUCCAGGCUCCUUUCCUCUCCCUCAGCUCUUCUGUUACUUCAGCUCCCCCAAGCCUUUGCACUGCUUCUGAGGAAUGCAAGAAAUACAUUUCUGUACUGCAGUUUAAAUGAAUUAUUCAAAGUUCUGUACUAAUAUGCCUAGUAAUGAAUCUAUUUGUCAUAAAAACAUUUUGUUUUCUGUAUUGUUA